AUGGCUCAAUUGACACCCAUAAGAGGGUUUACAAAUACUCCAGUGACUAAGACAAUAUUCGUAAAUGAAUCUGAUUACCUACUUAUUGUUCUAUUAUGGUUCCAAUUUAAAGUAUUAGAACGAUUUUAUGGAUCAAGAAAAUAUCUAUCAAUUAUUACAUCAUUUGCCAUUGCCAACGCUAUAUCAUGUCUAUUUAUAAUGAGUGUUGGACAGUUGUUGAUUUAUUAUUUAUCAUUUACUAUAAAGGUAUACCUAUUCAGAUUUGAUCCUGAAUCCAUUCACUAUCAAUCAACAAUAUUAAAUUCCAUAACUCCUGGACCGUUAGGAAUACUUUCAUCUUUGUAUGUGACUUAUGGCGUUAAUAUCCCAACUUCAUAUUAUUUCAAAAUACUUUUAAAGAAGCCAGAUGAUAAAGAAGGCAAUGGUGUUCAUUUCACAUCAUAUUCAAAAGAAUUGAAUUUAAGUAACAAAUUUACUAUACACGUACUAUACAUUUUAUUAGUCCUAAACAAUGGUACCAGUUCAAUAAUCCCAUGCACGACAGGUCUUUUGAUUGGAAAAUUGUACACAUUUGAUUUAUUGUUUGGAACUUCGUGGUUAUUACCCAAAUCAAUUUUCCAAUUAUUUAUUAAUCCUUAUAAAAAGUUCAUUCAAGUAGGGCAGAAUAUUCGAAAUGUAUUGUUCAAUGUGAGUUAUCAACCUUUAUCUUCACGAAAUGAGAGUGUUAUGAUAGAAGAACCAGAUGAUAACGAUGAAGUCUUAGAUGAAACACGUCAGCAAGAAAGUCAAAUAAGAGCAGAAACUCCUGUCAGGCCACUAGGAAGUCAAUUUCUUGAUACAUUUCGUUCAUAA